AUGGCGUUGACCGUUCCGCACGGCGCGGCGCUGGGCGCCUGCCUGCUGUUGCUUCUCCUCUCCGUCGCUGUGUCUCCGGCUUCCUUGGCGGCGGCGCCGCGCGUUAUGGGCGUGUCGGCGGAUGCGGCAGAGGCCUCAGAGCCGCUGACGGCUGAGGAGGCGCCGCGGUCACUGCCUGUUGAAGAAAGCGAGAAGAAGCCUGCGGCGCUCUCGGCGGAGGAACAGGAAGCCGUUGAGAAGACGCAGGAGAGUCACCAGUACCAGGCGGAAGUGUCGCGUUUGAUGGAUAUCAUCAUCAACUCGCUGUACGCGCAGCGCGAGGUUUUUCUCCGGGAGUUGAUUUCGAACGCCGUGGACGCGCUGGAGAAGGUGCGCUUCACUGCUUUGAGCAACUCGAGCGUGAUGGAGCCGAAGAAGAACUUGGAUAUCCGCAUCGAGUUCGACUCCGAGGCGAAGACCUUGAGCAUCAUCGAUACCGGUAUUGGAAUGACGAAGCAGGACCUCAUCAACAACUUGGGGACUGUCGCCAAAUCGGGCACCAGCAACUUCCUCGAGGCCAUGGCGCAGGGGAACGACGUGAACCUGAUUGGUCAGUUCGGCGUGGGCUUCUACAGCGCCUUCCUCGUUGCUGACAAGGUCACAGUCAUCUCGAAGAACGUCGAAGACGACCAGUACAUCUGGGAGAGCUCGGCUGACGCGAAGUUCCACGUCGCGAAGGACCCGCGAGGCAACACGCUCGGUCGCGGAACGUGCGUCACCCUGCACCUGAAGGAGGACGCGACUGAGUUUUUGAACGAGUGGAAGCUGAAGGACCUGACCACACGCUUCAGUCAGUUCAUGAGCUACCCGAUCUACGUACGCACCACACGCACUGUGACCGAGGAAGUCCCCAUCGAGGAAGACGGGGCGACGAAGGAAGCCGACGAGAAGACGGAGGAGGAGAAGAAGGACGACGUCGAGGUCACGGAAGGCGAAGCUGAGGAAAAGGAGGAAGAGAAGCCCAAGACGAAGAAGGUCGAGAAGAAGAAGGAAGAGUGGGAGCAAGUCAACACGCAGAAGGCGAUUUGGUUGCGCCCGAAGGAGGAGAUUGAGGAGAAGGAAUACGCGGAGUUUUACAAGAGCGUGAGCAAGGAUUGGUCCGAUCCGCUGACGCACAUCCACUUCACCGCGGAGGGCGAGGUGGAGUUCAAGGCGCUUCUGUUCAUCCCGAAGCGCGCGCCGUCAGACAUUUACAGCAACUACUUCGACAAGCAGACGUCCGUGAAGGUUUACGUGCGCCGCGUGUUGGUCGCCGACCAAUUCGAGGACUUGCUCCCCAAGUACCUGCACUUCGUGAAGGGCGUCAUCGACAGCGACGACUUGCCGCUGAACGUCUCGCGCGAGCAGCUGCAGCAGCACAAGAUCCUGAACGUCAUCUCGAAGAAACUGGUGCGCAAGACGCUGGAUGCCAUGCGCAAGCUCUCUCUCGACUCGAUCAAGGAGCGCGAGGAGAUGCAGAAGGAACUCGAGAAGGAGGAAGACGCGCAAAAGAAGGAGGCGCUUGAGAAGAAAAUGAAGGAGAAAAGCGUCUACGAGAAGUUCUACGACGAGUUCGCGCGCAACCUCAAACUCGGCUGCUACGAGGACGACACCAACCGCACCAAGAUCAUCAAGCUCCUCCGCUUCCACACGAGUAAGACCGGUGCCGAUCAAACGACGACCCUUGAGAGUCUGGUGAGCAAGAUGCCGGAAAACCAGCCCAACAUCUACUAUGCCGCCGGCGACUCGUUCGAGCAGCUCAUGAAGGCCCCCGAAAUGCAAAUCUUCCUCAAGAAAGACAUCGAAGUCGUCUUCCUCCUCGAGGCCAUGGACGAGCCCUGCAUCCAGCGCGUCACCGACUUCGAAGGCAAGAAGUUCCUGUCGAUCCAGAAGGGCGACGUGCAGCUGGAGCAGACGGAGGACGAGAAGAAGACUGAGCGCCGCCUGAAGAAGGCGUUCGAGCCGCUGCUGACAUGGUGGAAGAAGCUGCUGGACGGCAAGGUCACAAAAGUCGAGAUCUCGAAGCGCCUCGUCGACGCGCCGUGCGCCGUCGUCGCCUCGGAGUGGGGUUACUCUGCGCAGAUGGAGAAGAUCAUGAAGACGCAGACGUUUGCGGAUCCCCGCCACGUGCGCAUGAUGGCAGGACAGAAGGUCUUCGAGGUGAACCCGCACCACCGCAUGAUUCAGUACCUCUUGGCGCAAGUCACCAAGGCGGGCGCGGAGAAUGUGGGCGAGAAGGAAGCCGAGAUUGCACGGCUGCUCUUUGAGGUCGCGAAGCUCGCCUCCGGAUUCGAAGUCGACGACCCCAAAGACGUCGCCGCCAGUCUGUAUCAGGCCGUCGCCUCGGAGAUGAACUUCGGCCGCGAAGAGACGAUGAUCGCCGAGUACGAACUCCCCCGCGAGGAGGAAGACGUCAAGGUUGGCGACGAAGAGGAGAAGAAGGAAGAAAAGGACCUCGAGGGCGAGGAAGACGAAACCGAUGACAAAGAGCCUGAGAAGAAGCAGGAAGGCACUCACGACGAGUUGUAA